AUGGCUCUUCGUGCUCUCGGUCUUCGUAACGUCACUCGCCUCUCUCAAAGAACUCCCAUCACUGCCACUCCUCGCAUGGCUAUGCCACGCCGGAUGAUGGCAAGUGCUCAACCUUCUCCCAAGACCCCUCUUGAUGCAAGUGCUCCUGGUCCCAUGUUGCGCUAUCAAGCCAACUUGCCAAAGUUGCCUGUGCCAGCUCUUUCUGCCACCUUGCAAAAGUACUUGAAGACCGUUCGUCCCCUUGUUGGUGAUGAGGAAUACAAGCGUACCGAGGCUGCUGUAAAGGAAUUCGAAACCAGUGGUAUUGGUGCCAAGCUUCAAGAUCGUUUGGUUGCUCGUGCUCAGGAUCCCAAUGUUGUUAACUGGCUUGAGGAUUGGUGGCUCGAAGGUGCUUAUAUGGGUUAUCGUGACCCUGUCAUGAUCCAUGUCAGCUACUUUUUCUACUACAAGGAUGACAAGUUGCGCAAGAUUCCCGCCAAGCGUGCUGCUGCUAUCACCACUGCUGCUUUGGAAUUCAAGCAACAAGUCGUAAACAUGACCUUGGAACCCGAAUAUGCCAAGGGUGAACCUAUGUGUAUGGAUUCUUACAAGUACAUGUUCAACAACUGCCGUAUCCCUCGCAAGCCUGCUGAUCUCGAAGUUGCUUAUGACCCUGCCAAGCACUCUCACAUCAUUGCUAUUCGCAAGAACAAGUUUUAUGUGAUUGAUACCAUCCACAAUGGCCGUCAAUUAUCUACCAAUGAGCUUGAGAAGCAAUUUGAACGAGUCAUUGAGCUUGCUGGUAAUGAAAAGGGACCUGCUGUUGGUGCGUUGACAGCGGAAAACAGAGAUGCUUGGACUGAGUACCGAGAUGCUUUGAUCGCGGCUCAUCCCGACAACAAGACUCUCCUUGAAAAGAUCGAAUCUUCCUCAUUUGUUAUGUGCCUCGAUGACAGCAAGCCUAUCACUCGUGAUGAAGGUUCUCGUGCAUGCUGGCACGGUGAUGCUCGCAACCGUUUCUUUGACAAGCCUUUGCAAUUCAUUGUCUUUGAAAACGGCAAGGCUGGUUUCAACGGUGAACAUUCUUGCAUGGAUGGUACUGCCACGUGCCGCUUGAACGAAUACGUCACUAGCAGCAUCGCUGCCAACACUGUCAACCAUGGCCCUGAAGAGAUUCGUUCCGAUCUUCCCGCUCCUGAGGAAAUUCGCUUCAACUUGAAUGAUCAAACCCAGCAAGCUAUUCAAUCGGCUGAACAAAACGCUGAUGCUCUUAUCAACAAGCAUGAGUUGACUGUGCUCGCUUAUCAAGGCUUCGGCAAGGAUCAAAUCAAAAAGUUCAAGUCUUCCCCUGAUGGCUUUGCUCAAAUGGUGAUCCAACUUGCCUAUUACAAGAUGUUUGGCACCAACCGCCCUACCUAUGAAUCCGGCCAAACUCGCAAGUUCCAACGUGGCCGCACUGAAACCUCUCGCACUGUUAGCGAAGAAUCCAUUGCUUUCUGCAAGGCUAUGGAAGAUCCCCACGUCUCCAACGAAGAUAAGAUUGCUGCUUUCCGUGCCGCUGUCAAGGCUCAAGGUGCAUACAUGGCUGACUGUGUCAAUGGUCAUGGUGUCGAUCGUCACUUGUUCGGUUUGAAGAAGGCUCUUCAAUCGGGUGAAGAUACUCCUUCCCUCUUCACUGAUCCCAACUAUGCUUACUCCCAACACUGGUACUUGUCCACUUCCCAAUUGUCUUCGGAGCUCUUUGAUGGAUAUGGCUGGGGUCAGGUGGUCGAUGAUGGUUUCGGUUGUGCUUACAUGAUCAAGAAGAAGGCUUUGCAAUUCAACGUUGCCAGUGUGAAGGAUCUUGAGGUUCACGGUACCAAGUAUGUCAAUGGCACUCAUCAAUUCAAGCAGUGUCUCGAGGAUGCUGCCAACGACCUUGGUGAUCUUUUGUCUACCGAGUUGGCUGCUGAAGCUAAGCUCUAG